AUGUUCAGAAUGAUAACUGCGCUUGAUCCCGAACGACUGUAUUACAAUACUGGAAACAGUAAAAACACAGAAAAGCGAAGUGGAGUCUGCAUGGCGGGAAAAAACUGCGACUUGGAAAAUGCGCCAGCUGACUCGCUCCAUGCUCGCUUCAAAUACUUCAAAAGAAAAGACAUCAAACCGGAUUUCUCGAAGUUGAACGCCCCUGAUUUUCAGCAGAAAAUAAUCGAUACGAAUGUAGAUUCCUGGAUGAUCAACUCCAGCGGAGUAAAAGUUCUUCAAACGAAAAGUGGACUUCUCAUUUGUAAAAACCUGUUUUCAAAGAAGCUUCUUCAAAGACUUGGCGAAGAAGCGCUAUUUGAGUACACUAAAACCGAAGUCGGAAGAAACAAUCUAAUCAACGUCGGACGAACAUUGACCGACAAGAUUGUCAACUGGUCAGCUGAUGACAUCUUGAAGCAAGCGAAUAACUCGUCGAUUGGUAUCCACAGAGAUGAUAUUGACUACCAAAUUGCCCCAAUUAUGACGAUCUCGCUCGGGUGCCCAGGGCUCUUUCAAAUUGGAAAAGGAGAAAGGGAUGAAGAAGGUUACGAAGUUUUCUUAGAACAUGGAGACUUGUGCAUCUUGGAUGGACCAGACAGAAGCGCGUUCCAUGCUGUUCCUAGAAUUCUAUCAUUUGAAGAUACUACUGGAGUUGAGCCUCUUUCGGCUUCAGAUAAUAGUCGCCUUGAUGCCUAUCUUCGGCAGUCAAGAAUAAACAUUUCUCUGAGACAGUGUAAAAACUAA